AUGGCCCCUCCUCACACUUUCCAGUCCAAGACCUCGGAUGCCACCCGCCGCAGGCUCUCCAGUGUCGCUGGGCCCAACAGGCCCAGUGUCCCUGGUUAUACCAGCCUCACUCCUAUGUGGGCCGGCAUAGCGGGCGCCGUCAUUAACAACAAUACCGAAUUUGAGGUGGCCAUAUCCAUCCACGACUCUGUUUAUUGUACAGACUUUGCAUCCUCCGUCGUGCCCUACGAUGUCAACAACCCAGAGAAACAGGCCUCUGUAGUCGAAAAGCACGUCCUUGACGCCAUACGCAGGUUUUCCACAGAGCACGUAUGCAAAUUCCUCGGUGCAGGUGUGACACUCAGUUUGCUUCGUGAGGCGCCCAAUCUCUGUACACGCCUCUGGCUCGAAAUGGAUAUCGUCCCCAUUGUCUUCAACAUCAAGCCUUUCCAUACGGAUUCUAUCACGCGGCCCAACGUCAAACAUCGUAUCUCUUCCACCACCGGUUCUUACGUUCCCUCUGGCGCGGAAACUCCCACUGUGUACUACGAUCCUUCGCAGCUCCAGGACCAGACCAAACUCGCUGCUGGCGCGCAAACCAAACUACCUAUCCCCCGCACCGUCGAUGAACAGGCCGAUUCGGCAGCGCGCAAGUGUAUCAUGUACUUCGGGCCUGGUAACAACCCGCGUCUCAGCAUUGGGGCCCGUAAUCAGGUUGCAGUUGAUGCUGGGGGAAAGAUUCACCUCCUCGACGAUCUUGAGGAGUACCGCAAGACAGUGCACAGAGGCACGUGGAACGCUGUCAUCAAGCUUGCAGAUGAGCUGCGUGAGAAGAAGAUUAAGAUAGGUUUUUUCUCGUCCACUCCUCAGGGCGGCGGAGUAGCUCUCAUGCGCCAUGCGCUCAUUCGAUUUUUCAAUGCACUCGACGUCGACGCCGCAUGGUAUGUGCCGAAUCCCUCGCCGUCGGUCUUCCGCACCACAAAGAACAACCACAACAUCCUUCAGGGUGUUGCGGACCCGAAGUUACGUCUCACACAGGAUCAGAAGGACCAGUUUGACCAAUGGAUUCUCAAGAACGGUCUCCGCUGGACCGCCGAGGGUGGACCGCUGGCCAAGGGCGGUGUAGACAUUGCGUUUAUCGAUGACCCCCAGAUGCCCGGUUUGAUACCACUGAUCAAGCGUGUGCGUCCCGACUUGCCGAUCAUCUACCGCUCCCAUAUCGAGAUCCGCUCCGACCUCGUUAGCGUGGCUGGCUCACCACAAGAGGAGGUGUGGAAGUACCUCUGGAACAAUAUCAGGCAUGCGGAUUUGUUUAUCAGUCAUCCUGUGAACAAGUUCGUUCCCAAUGAUGUACCCGGCGACAUCCUCACGCUACUCGGUGCUGCGACAGAUUGGCUCGAUGGACUAAACAAACAUUUAUCCCCUUGGGAUUCACAGUUCUACAUGGGCGAAUUCCGUCAGUUGUGUGUCAAGGACAAGAUGAAUGAACUCGCAUGGCCUGCCCGCGACUACAUUGUGCAGAUCGCGCGGUUUGACCCGUCUAAGGGUAUCCCGACUGUCCUUGACUCGUAUGCGCGCUUCCGUCGCCUUGCUAAGGGCAAGGUCCCCGAUGAUGAAGUACCGCAACUGCUCAUUUGUGGCCACGGUGCGGUCGACGACCCCGAUGCGAGCAUUAUCUACGAUCAGGUUAUGUCUCUCAUUCAUGGCAAGUAUAAAGAGUAUGCUUCCGAUAUUGUUGCCAUGCGGUGCCCACCUAGCGAUCAACUGCUCAAUGCGCUUAUGGCCAACUCUAAGCUUGCGCUGCAGCUGUCGACGCGUGAAGGCUUCGAAGUCAAGGUGUCGGAGGCGCUGCACACGGGUAAGCCGGUCGUCGCGUGCCGCACGGGCGGUAUCCCGUUACAGAUCGUACAUGGGAAGAGUGGGUACCUCUGCGAGCCGGGCGAUAAUGAGGCGGUCGCGAAGCAUAUCUUCGAUCUCGUCACGGACGAUGAGUUGUAUGAGACGAUGUGUGAGUACGCGCGCACGCACGUUAGCGACGAGGUGGGCACCGUGGGGAAUGCGGCGGCGUGGAUGUAUCUUGCAGUCAUGUACGUGAGCCGUGGCGUGCGCCUACAGCCCAAGGGUGCGUGGCUGUAUGACCUUAUGCGCGAUGAGACGGGCGAGCCGUACGAGCCCGACGAGCCUAGGCUUCCACGCGGAGAUCUGCAUGUCCAGGGUUGA